CACCACAGGAGCCCGGGCAGUCUCCACAUCAUCUAGUACGUGAGGAAUGAUGGAUCUAUGAGAGGAUUUUCUUCCUGCCUUUUACUUACUCAUCCGCUCAUACUGCGCGCUGCCCCUGGCCAGGGAUGAGCUGCUCAACAGGACUGGGAUUUACCGUGAAGACGGGAGAGGCAGAAUAUGCAUCGUAGACAUCCCUUCAGGCAUCUUGUGCAUUGCUUUUACUGUAUCUGUACAUAAAUCUGCUGAGUGUUGGGCGCACACACGCACUUUUCAACCUCCUUUGGUAUUCCCGGAGUUGCUCCUGUGCAAUAGGACUGAUAUUCCUCCCCAUCAUGGCUUCAGUUUGGAAAAGGCUGCAGCGUGUUGGGAAACAUGCGUCCAAGUUCCAGUUUGUGGCUUCGUACCAGGAACUGAUGGUCGAGUGCACCAAAAAAUGGCAGCCAGACAAACUAGUGGUGGUUUGGACGAGAAGAAGUCGAAGAAAAUCCUCCAAGGCUCACAGCUGGCAGCCUGGAAUCAAAAACCCGUACCGCGGCGUGGUGGUGUGGCCUGUGCCUGAAAACGUGGAAAUCACCGUCACGCUUUUUAAGGAUCCCCACGCUGAAGAGUUUGAAGACAAAGAAUGGACRUUCGUCAUCGAGAAUGAAUCUCCCUCCGGCCGCCGCAAAGCGCUUGCCACCAGCAACAUCAACAUGAAGCAAUACGCGAGCCCCAUGCCGACCCAGACGGAUGUCAAGUUAAAAUUCAAACCUUUGUCCAAGAAAGUGGUGUCCGCCACGCUGCAGUUCUCUCUAUCUUGUAUUUUCCUGAGGGAAGGAAAAGCCACGGAUGAAGAUAUGCAAAGCCUGGCUAGCUUGAUGAGCAUGAAACAAGCCGAUAUUGGAAAUCUCGAUGACUUUGAGGAAGACAAUGAAGAAGAUGAAGAAAACAGAGUGAAUCAAGAGGAAAAAGCUGCAAAGAUUACAGAAAUUGUAAACCAGUUGAAUGCUCUGAGCAGCUUAGAUGAAGAUCAAGACGACUGCGUAAAGCAAGCAAAUAUGCCUUCAGCUAAAUCAGCCAGUUCCUCUGAAGAACUUAUCAAUAAACUUAGUUUUCUGGACGAAGAGGAGCAAGACCUGGCCAACUCGAGUACAAAUCCUUUUGAUGAACCUGACGCAGCAGAAUUAAAUCCAUUUGGAGAUCCUGAUGUAGAAGAACCAGACACGGAAAUAGCUUCGUCUUCAAAGCCAGAAGAAAGUUUCUAUGCUGACAGUUACAAUCCCUUUAAGGACGAUGAUGCCCCCGAGUACUUGAACCCGUUUGAUGAGCCAGAUCCUGAGCCCGAAACGUUGGUGACCAUGAGAGCUUCUCCCCCGCAGCCUGCCAAAAGGAAGAACGUCAGACCGGUGGAUAUGAGCAAAUACCUCUAUGCAGAUACCUCCAAAGCUGAAGAGGAAGAGCUAGAUGAAUCAAAUCCAUUUUAUGAACCAAAACCAAGCCCCGCUUUAAUUAAAGUUGCUCUGCUGCAAGAACCAGAGAAGAAGAUGAAAAGAAAGGCUCCCGAACCACCAAACCUCUUGCCAAAGACAGAGCCAGGAGCGAGUGAGAACAUUUCAGCUAUUCCAGCGACGAAGGAGCUUUCUUCUUCUCCCAAGCCGAGCCCCAUACCGAGUCCCAUUCUGGGGAGGAAGCCAAACGCGAGUCAGUCGCUGCUCGUGUGGUGCAAAGAAGUGACCAAAAACUACAGGGGAGUGAAAAUCACCAAUUUUACUACGUCGUGGAGAAACGGUUUAUCCUUCUGCGCAAUAUUGCAUCACUUCCGACCAGAUCUCAUUGACUACAAGUCCCUGAAUCCUCAAGAUAUUAAAGAGAACAACAAAAAGGCAUACGAUGGCUUUGCCAGCUUAGGCAUCUCGCGGCUGCUGGAGCCUUCGGACAUGGUCUUGCUAGCGAUCCCGGACAAGCUGACCGUGAUGACCUAUCUCUACCAAAUCCGGGCUCACUUCUGCGGCCAGGAGUUGAAYGUGGUGCAGAUAGAGGAGAACAGCAGCAAAAGCACCUACAAAGUGGGCAACUACGAGACGGACACCAACAGCUCCGUGGAUCAGGAGAAGUUCUACGCGGAGCUGCACGACCUGAAGCGGGAGCCGCAGCUGCAGCCGCCCGACAGCGGCCUGGCCGACUUCGCUUCUCAGGACGACUCCGUGUUUGUGAAUGACAGCGGCGUUGGAGAGUCCGAGAGCGAGCACCAGACCCCCGAUGACCACCUGAGCCCCAGCACGGCCUCCCCCUCGUCCCGCAGGACUCGCAGCGACCCCGAUCCGCCCAAAUCCCAGCAAAGCUCGGGAAGGACUUCUGCCUCCGAGGAGGUUGGGAAGGGUGGCAGUGUGGACACGAGCCAAGCGCAGCCCGUGCUGGGCAAGAAGAGGGUGCUGAAGGCUGACACUUUGGACUUGAGCGACCUGCAGCACGUGAGCGAUCACAAGGAGGACAYGUCUCCCACGGCUGCUUGUGAAGAUGGUGACGGGAAAAGGCACCAGAGCUCAGACAGUCCCGGUGGUUUCUCGGAGCAAGAGAAACUGGGACAUCCAAGAUCCCCUGAGAGCCCCAAGGGAGACCCCAGUUCACCCGGCAGAAAGCCGAGUUUAUCUCCUACUUCUAAGCUGGGGUAUUCCUAUAAUAACGAUGCAGAUCUGGUGAGGAAAAAGCGUGCUUCCCUGAGACAGGGAGAAGCGGAUCCUGACCCCGACGCCAGAGCAGCUUUGAAUCACGCAGAUCAAAGUGCAAAAACGGCCCAGCAACGAAUGUUGUCAAGACAGGAGGAACUUAAAGAACGAGCAAGAGUUCUGCUUGAGCAAGCAAGAAGAGACGCAGCUUUGAAGGCAGGGAGCAAGCAGCUAACUGAUACGGUCGCCCCGGCCCGCAAUAAGCAGCUGAAUGAUCAGCAGGAUGAAGAGCGGCGGCGGCAGCUGCGAGAGCGAGCUCGGCAGCUAAUAGCAGAAGCUCGAUCUGGAGUGAAGAUGUCAGAACUUCCCAGCUACGCCGAAAUGGCUGCAGAAAAGUUGAAAGAAAGGUCAAAGGCAUCUGGAGAUGAGGCUGAGGAUGAGGAUAAUAUUGAGAUAGAUACUAACGAGGAGGUUCCCGAAUGCCCUCUUUCUGGAGGUGGAGAUGAGCUUACUAACCUAGAAAAUGACCUUGAUUCAACGGCAGAACAAAACAGUAAGUUGGUGGAUUUGAAGCUGAAGAAGCUCCUAGAAGCUCAGCCACAGGUGGCAAAUUCACUCUCCAGUGCUGCUCAGAAAGCUGUAACUGAUAGCUCGGAGCAAGACGUUAAGCAGAACGGCGCGGAGGAGCCUCGUGCCGAGCGCUUCAGGAAUCCCGUUGUGUUUGGCAAGGACUCGGCCGUCAGGAAAACGCAACUCCAGUCGUUCAGUCAGUAUGUGGAGAACAGACCAGAGAUGAAAAGGCAGAGAUCAAUACAGGAAGAUACAAAGAGAGGAAAUGAGGAGAAGGCUGCGAUAACUGAGACUCAGAGGAAGCCAUCAGAAGAUGAAGUGCUUAAUAAAGGGUUCAAAGACACCAGUCAGUAUGUUGUAGGAGAAUUGGCAGCACUAGAGAAUGAGCAAAAGCAAAUUGACACCCGUGCCGCGCGGGUGGAGAAGCGCCUUCGCUAUCUCAUGGACACAGGGAGGAACACGGAGGAGGAGGAGGCUAUGAUGCAGGAGUGGUUCAUGCUGGUCAAUAAGAAAAAUGCCUUAAUAAGACGAAUGAACCAGCUUUCUCUCCUGGAAAAGGAGCAUGACCUAGAAAGGCGCUACGAGCUGCUGAACCGGGAGCUAAGAGCGAUGCUCGCCAUCGAAGACUGGCAAAAGACCGAGGCGCAGAAGCGGCGCGAGCAGCUCUUGCUGGACGAGCUCGUUCUUCUCGUGAACAAACGGGACGCGCUGGUCAGGGACCUGGACGCGCAGGAGAAGCAGGCCGAGGAAGAGGACGAGCAUUUGGAGCGGACCCUGGAGCAAAACAAAGGCAAGAUGGCCAAGAAGGAAGAGAAAUGCGUCCUGCAGUGACCGGCGCGCCCGCGCCCCGCAAAAACGUUGGCAUGAGACUGGACGGAAAAAAAAAAAAUGUUUU